CUAAUUUCGAAACAAAAAACAUAUCUUCGUUCGAACUUAUUGCUGCGUCCACUGAAACCAAUCAAUUCGCCGAAGAUCAAAGCGAACAAUUAAUUAAAGUCAUAAAUGUAGGGUAUCAGAAGAUCACACGUAGCACGGCACUGCUUGGCUGGAUCAUCUUCGGCGGCGCUCCGGGUGACAUGCCGAUGCUGCCCGGUGACCUUGUCCAUGUUUCAACAGCUUUCCAGGGGCACAAGGUAUACUCGUACCAUACUAGACCAUCGCACCUGCCACUCCAUUUGGAAGCCUCGAGCCCAGGGCGCAACUCCAAUUGAAAGUUGUAACAAGAAAUCUUCAGCUCGUGUUGGGAAUUUCCAACGCCGUUUUGAAUGGGCCGAAAGCGUCGCAUUAAACAGCAAUAUUUAUUCGAUUGUAAUUCAACAAUUAAUGGUAUCUCGUGCGAAACCGAAACCAAAGCCGAAAUCGACUCCGAAACUGAAACCGAAUUAAAGCAUACAAUAUAAAUUGUUGGCAAAUGACUCAUGUAUUUUAACUAUAGGUCAGCCCAGCAUUGUUGUUAUUGUUGCCCAAUAUUGCUAGUAUGAUAAGAAGACAUUUUGGCAAUUAUACCCACCUCUCGGGUCCUUGUGAUUCAACGAGAAAAAACCCGUUUAGGUGCUCGCCACUAAAGACAAGGGUCUCAUCCAUAUAAAAGACGCACUUGAGCUGAUCAAAUUAAACAGUUGCACUGCAAGCAGCAUCAUCACAGCAUCACCGCUUUUACAGAAGAAAAUCCCAAUUCCCAUCAUCAUGUACAAAUAUCUGUUCUGCCUGGCUCUCAUCGGCUGCGCCUGCGCCGACAACAUCAACAAGGAUGCCCAGAUCCGCAGCUUCCAGAACGACGCCACCGAUGCCGAGGGCAACUACCAGUACGCCUACGAGACCAGCAAUGGCAUCCAGAUCCAGGAGGCGGGCAACGCAAACGGAGCACGUGGAGCCGUGGCCUACGUGUCGCCCGAGGGCGAGCACAUCUCGCUGACCUACACCGCCGACGAGGAGGGCUACCAUCCAGUGGGUGACCAUCUGCCCACCCCGCCUCCAGUUCCGGCUUAUGUCCUCCGUGCCCUGGAAUACAUCCGCACCCAUCCUCCGGCGCCUGCCCAGAAGGAGCAGCAGUAAUCUGGAGUAGCGCCAGCACUCCAAAGCAGCAACCCCACAUCAAAACUGCGGCCAGUCAUUGUUAUUAGGUAGUUAUCGUUAAUAAAAGAUUUCGAUACAGA